GGCCGGCUGGCCGCCUGCUUUCUCCGCCGGCCGCGGGGCCCCCGGCUGCCCCCACUGCUGUGCCCCCGGCCGCCGGCCAGCCGCGUCCCACAGCUCCGGCCUCCCGCGGGCCAAUGCCCGCUCGCAUCGGCUACUACGAGAUCGACCGCACCAUCGGCAAGGGCAACUUCGCUGUGGUCAAGCGGGCCACGCACCUCGUCACCAAGGCCAAGGUUGCUAUUAAAAUCAUAGACAAGACACAGCUGGAUGAUGAAAACUUGAAGAAGAUUUUCCGGGAGGUUCAGAUAAUGAAGAUGCUUUGCCAUCCACACAUCAUCAGGCUCUACCAGGUCAUGGAGACAGAACGGAUGAUUUAUCUGGUGACAGAAUAUGCUAGCGGAGGGGAAAUAUUUGACCACCUGGUGGCGCACGGAAGAAUGGCAGAGAAGGAAGCUCGACGGAAGUUCAAACAGAUUGUCACAGCUGUCUAUUUUUGUCACUGUCGGAAUAUUGUUCAUCGUGAUUUAAAAGCUGAAAAUUUGCUUCUGGACGCCAAUCUGAAUAUCAAAAUUGCAGACUUCGGCUUCAGCAACCUCUUCACUCCUGGGCAGCUUCUGAAGACAUGGUGUGGCAGCCCUCCCUAUGCUGCACCGGAGCUCUUUGAAGGGAAGGAGUAUGACGGGCCCAAAGUAGACAUCUGGAGUCUCGGAGUUGUCCUCUACGUGCUUGUGUGUGGUGCCCUGCCAUUUGAUGGGAGCACACUGCAGAACCUGCGGGCCCGGGUGCUCAGUGGAAAGUUCCGCAUCCCAUUUUUUAUGUCCACAGAGUGUGAGCACUUGAUCCGCCACAUGCUGGUGUUAGACCCAAAUAAGCGCCUCUCGAUGGAGCAGAUCUGCAGGCACAAGUGGAUGAAGCUGGGGGAUGCGGAUCCCAACUUUGAGAGGUUAAUAGCUGAAUGCCAGCAGCUGAAGGAGGAGAGACAGACAGAUGCUCUCAAUGAUGAUGUCCUCUUGGCCAUGGAAGACAUGGGAUUGGACAAGGAGCGCACACUUCAGUCUUUAAGAUCAGAUGCCUAUGAUCACUAUAGUGCAAUCUACAGCCUGCUGUGUGAUCGUCAUAAGCGACAUAAAACUCUGCGUCUCGGAGCACUUCCCAGCAUGCCCCGAGCCAUGGCAUUUCAAGCAUCAGUCAAUAUCCAGGCAGAGCAGACAGGUGCCGCUAUGAACAUCAGCGUCCCCCAAGUUCAGCUGAUCAACCCAGAGAACCAGAUUAUAGAGCCUGACGGGACAGUGAACUUGGACAGCGAUGAGGGUGAAGAGCCUUCUCCGGAAGCCUUGGUCCGUUAUUUGUCAAUGAGGAGACACACGGUGGGAGUGGCUGACCCACGCACGGAAGUUAUGGAAGACCUGCAGAAGCUCCUGCCUGGCUUUCCUGGAGUGAACCCACAGGCUCCGUUCCUGCAGGUGGCCCCUACCAUGAACUUCAUGCACAACCUGUUGCCCAUGCAGAGUCUGCAGCCACCCGGGCAGCUCGAGUACAAGGAGCAGUCUCUGUUACAGCCACCUACACUACAGCUGCUGAAUGGAAUGGGGCCCCUUGGCCGGAGAGCCUCAGAUGGAGGCGCCAACAUCCAGCUGCAUGCCCAGCAGCUGCUGAAGCGCCCACGGGGACCCUCCCCACUUGUCACCAUGACACCAGCAGUGCCAGCGGUUACCCCUGUGGAUGAGGAGAGCUCGGAUGGGGAGCCAGAUCAGGAAGCUGUGCAGAGGUACUUGGCAAAUAGGUCCAAAAGGCAUACACUGGCCAUGACCAGCCCGACAGCUGAGAUCCCACCGGACCUGCAACGGCAGCUAGGACAGCAGUCUUUCCGUUCCCGGGUCUGGCCUCCUCACCUGGUACCUGACCAGCAUCGCUCCACCUACAAGGACUCCAACACCCUGCACCUCCCUACGGAGCGUUUCUCCCCCGUGCGCCGGUUCUCAGAUGGGGCUGCAAGCAUCCAGGCCUUCAAAGCUCAUCUGGAAAAAAUGGGCAACAACAGCAGCAUCAAACAGUUACAACAGGAGUGUGAGCAGCUGCAGAAGAUGUACGGGGGGCAGAUUGAUGAGAGAACCCUGGAGAAGACCCAGCAGCAGCAUAUGCUGUACCAGCAGGAGCAGCACCAUCAGAUUCUCCAGCAGCAAAUUCAAGAUUCUAUUUGUUCUCCUCAGCCUUCCCCACCUCUUCAGGCUGCAUGUGAAAAUCAGCCAGCUCUCCUCACCCACCAGCUCCAGAGGUUAAGGAUUCAGCCUUCAAGCCCGCCCCCCAACCACCCCAACAACCAUCUCUUCAGGCAGCCAAGUAAUAGUCCUCCUCCCGCCAGCACUGCCAUGAUCCCGCCUCACGGUGCUACGUCUCCCUCCCAGUUUCAAGGCUUACCCUCCCAUGGUGCAAUCUUCCAGCAGCAGCCUGGCAACUGUUCCCCACCUCCCAGUAUAGCACUAACCUGCUUGGGCCUACAGCAAGCCAGCCAGUCACAGCCAGUGACCAUCCAGCUACAGGAGCCUGUCGACAUGCUCAGCAACAUGGCUGGGACAACUGCAGGCUCUGCGGGGCGGAGCAUCGCCAUCAGCCCCAGUGCCAGUCAGAUUCCGAUACAGCACCGUACCAGCCUAAUGGCUCCCUUCAGCUAUGGGCACCGACCCUUGUCCAAGCAGCUGAGUGCCGACAGCGCAGAGGCCCACAGCUUGAACGUGAAUCGCUUCUCCCCUGCUAACUACGACCAGGGGCAUUUACACCCCCAUCUAUUUUCGGACCAGCCCCGGGGGUCCCCCAGCAGCUACAGCCCUUCAACAGGAGUGGGGUUUCCUCCAGCUCAAGCCCUGAAAGUCCCUCCACUUGACCAGUUCCCCACUUUCCCUCCCAGUGCACAUCAACAGCAGCCACCACACUAUACCACAUCAGCACUACAGCAAGCUCUGCUCUCCCCUACACCGCCAGACUAUACCAGACACCAGCAGGUUCCCCACAUCCUUCAAGGACUGCUCUCUCCCCGGCAUUCGCUCACCGGCCACUCGGACAUUCGGCUGCCUCCAGCAGAGUUUGCACAGCUCAUUAAAAGGCAGCAACAGCAUCGACAGCAGCAGCAGCAGCAGCAACAACAACAGCAGCAAGAAUACCAUGAAUUGUUCAGGCACAUGAACCAAGGGGAUGCUGGUAGCCUAGCUCCCAGCCUCGGGGGACAGAGUAUGACAGAGCGCCAGGCUUUAUCUUAUCAAAAUGCUGACUCGUACCACCGCCACCACAGCAGCCCUCAGCAUCUCCUACAGAUCAGGGCACAAGAGUGUAUCUCACAGGGUCCCUCGCCCUCCCCCACCCAUGGGUAUGCCUGUCAGCCGCCACUGAUGCACUCGGAGAGCAUGGAAGAGGACUGCUUGUGUGAGGGGGCCAAGGAGGGCUUCCCAGACAAGAGCUCGAGCACACUGACCAAAGGUUGCCACGACAGCCCUCUGCUCUUGAGCACCAGUGGGCCUGUGGACCCCGAGUCUUUGCUGGGAACUGUGAGUCAGGCCCGAGAGCUGGGGAUCCAUCCCUACGGACACCAGCCAGCUGCCACGUUCAAUAGAAAUAAGGUGCCCAGCCGAGAGUCUGUCAUAGGGAACUGCUUAGAUAGGAGUUCUCCUGGACCAGCAGUGGAGCUGCCGGAUCACAAUGGGCUCGGGUAUCCAACACGGCCCUCGGCCAGUGAGCACCUCAGGUCCCGGACCCUCCAGAGACACCACACGAUCCAGAACAGCGAUGAUGCUUAUGUGCAGCUGGACACCUUGCCAGGCAUGAGCCUGGUAGCAGGGAAAGCACUGAGCUCCGCCCGGAUGUCAGAUGCCGUUCUCAGCCAGUCUUCACUCAUGGGCAGCCAGCAGUUUGAGGAUGGGGAAGAUGAAGAGUGUGGGGUGAGCCUGGGAGGCCUCGAGCACCCAGGCCUGAGUGAUGGCAGCCAGCAUUUAAACUCCUCUCGCUAUCCAUCUACGUGUGUUACAGACAUCCUGCUCAGCCACAAGCACCCCGAGGUCUCCUUCAGCAUGGAGCAGGCCGGCGUGUAGCAAGAUAUGGAGAGAAUCCCGUCUGCUUCAUAGGUUCGUGUACAGUUCCAGGAGAAGGCCGACUGUAAAAUCACAGUGUCCAGCAGCGUCAUACCACGUUGCCAUCUGUGUCUCUGCCAGAACAGUGCAGCUCCUUUCCCCACACUGGGCAACCAGUAGGCCGUCGCUUGGGUUGUGAGGGGCUUUUGCCAUGUUUGUUUGUAUGACCAAGGCACCAAGGAAAUAAACAGGAAAUCUGUGUUCUCCAUCCUACAUGAGCUGGCAUCUAGCGUCCUUGAGUUGAGUUCUGGUGAUGGAGGUUUGCUUGUGUUUUGUUUUGGCAAUU